AUGGGAAGUCAGCCCAGCAGGGGGAAAGCCCUUCCAAGCCCAAGCCUGAGGCCCUGUGUGCAAGGCCAGGGUCCUGAGCCCAUGCAAGCAGAGAGGAGCAAGGCCAAAGCUGUGGCCUUGGGCAGUUGCCCGGUAGGCGAGCAGGCAGAGCUGUCUCUGAGACUGGGGGAGCCACUGACCGUCGUCUCUGAGGAUGGAGACUGGUGGACGGUGCUGUCGGACAUCUCAGGCAGAGAGUACAUCAUCCCCAGCAUCCACGUGGCCAAAAUCUCCCAUGGGUGGUUAUAUGAGGGCCUGAGCCGGGAGAAAGCUGAGGAACUUCUGCUGUUACCUGGAAACCCAGGAGGGGCCUUCCUCAUCCGGGAGAGCCAGACCAGGAGAGGCUGUUACUCCCUGUCGGUCCGCCUCAGCCGCCCUGCAUCCUGGGACCGGAUCAGACACUACAGGAUCCAACGCCUUGACAAUGGCUGGCUGUACAUCUCACCGCGCCUCACCUUCCCCUCACUCCAGGCCCUGGUGGACCAUUACUCUGAGCUGGCGGAUGACAUCUGCUGCCUACUCAAGAAGCCCUGUGCCCUGCAGAGGGCCGGCUCACCCCCUGGCAAGUCCAUACCUCUACCUGUGACUGUGCAGAGGACACCACUCAAUUGGAAAGAGCUGGACAGCUCUCUCCUGUUCUCCAAAGCAUCUGCCACAGGGGAGGAGUCCCCCCUCAGUGAGGGACUCCGGGAGGCCCUUAGCUCCUACAUCAGCCUGACUGAUGACAUCUCCUUGGACGAUGCCAAGGCCCAAAGCAGAGGCCGAAAGGGGAACCAACGCUGCAGCACCUAGAACCCCAACUCAGCUCAGCCUGACCGAGCACCCCAGAGGCAAAGACUGUGCAGAGUGAGGGGAGGGCUGGGACACAGAGGCACGGCCAGAGUCCCACCUCUAUCCUCUGUUCCUUCCUCUCUCAGCCCUAAGAAGUCACCUAACCUCCUCCCAGUGCCAUGACCCGACCUACAGCCUCUAGUUCAAGUAAAGACCAGUUAAG